AUGGGAAAAGAGUGUAAUGGUUGCAUUGCCGCUCUUUUAUUUUGUCUUCUCCUCGGUGUAUUGCCGGUGAAGUCUGAGGGUCCUUUGGCUCCGGCUUUGUACGUCUUUGGGGACUCUCUGGUUGAUAGUGGCAACAGUAAUUAUCUCUCAACGAUAGUUAGAGCCAACAAUCCACCUUAUGGCGUUGAUUUCCCCGGUGGAGCCACCGGCCGCUUCACCAAUGGCAAAACUGUGGCAGAUUUCAUAGCUGAGUCUCUCGGGCUACCUCUUGUCCCUCCAGAUCUUAGUCUUUCACAUAUAAAGAGAAAUGAAACCACAACCGGCAUAAAUUAUGCAUCUGGGUCAGCUGGCAUUCUCCCUGAUACAGGCACCUUGUUUGGAACCAAUUUGAACUUAGAGAGUCAGAUCGACAUGUUCGAAGACAGUGUAACAAGGAACUUGCCACACAAGUUCCAAAGCUCAAAGGAACUUUCUCAAUACUUAUCCAAGUCUAUUUUCCUGGUUGAUAUUGGAAGCAAUGAAUUCAUCCCCAAUCUUAUUUCAGGACAAUCUAUUAAUCAACAAAAAAAGAAUCCCAAAGACUUUGCCAAACUUCUUACAAAGACACUCUCAAUUCAUUUGCAGAGACUCUAUGAACUUGGGGCUAGGAAGUUUGUAGUAUUUGAGGUUGGUCCCAUUGGAUGUACACCAGCUAUGAUCAGCAAUAGUAGUAAAGGAGAAUGCAACCAGGAAAUAAACGAUUCAGUAACUACAUACAAUAAAGAGCUUUCCUCUCUACUCAAAAGCUUGAAUUCCAAGCUUAAAGGCUCAAGUUUUUCUCAAGCAAAGAUUUACGCAUUAUGGAUGCUAGCAACAGAGAAAGCUGCUAAAUUGGGGCUUACUGAAGACAUAGUAAAGUCAUGUUGCCUUGGCCCUAGCAAUGGAACUUUACCUUGCACUUCGUCUCAACCAUCAUGCAAGAAUGCAAACCAAUUUGUCUACUUCGAUGGAUUGCAUCCGACCGAAGAAGUUAACUCCAAAGUUGCAGAAGCUGUCUUUUCUGAUUCAUCGGUGUGUUCUCCAGUCAGUAUCCAAGAGUUAGUAGAAGCUUAA